GCGGGGCCGSUAGCAUUAGCCACACAUGCUACACACACAGAGUGCAGCUAGUGAGCGUCGUGCGGAGCAACGCGAGGAGAAAAGAUGAUUGUAAAGCCAAACGCCACAGCCCCGGUGUGGAAAGGUUUCGGCUCCAAGCCGAAUGAGCAAGCCCAUCUUACAUGGCCGAGAUGUCAGCCUGCCACCAGAGGGCGGCAGACAACAUGGUGGAAGGCGCCGUCAGGAACGGAGGAAUAUACAUCAAGCUCGGCCAAGGUCUGUGUUCCUUCAACCACCUCCUGCCCCCCGAGUACGUCCGCACCCUGCAAAUACUGGAAGACAAGGCCUUGAACAGGAGGUACAAAGAGGUCGACGCUCUCUUCCAAGAAGACUUCAACAAAACCCCAGAGCAGCUCUUUAAAACCUUUGACCAUGAACCUAUAGCUGCUGCCAGCCUGGCACAGGUUCAUAAAGCAGAACUGUUUGAUGGGACUCCUGUCGCUGUGAAGGUGCAAUACAUUGACCUCAGGGAUCGGUUUGAUGGUGACAUCAGAGCGCUGGAGAUCCUGCUGGAUAUUGUUAAAUUCAUGCACCCCACUUUUGGGUUCCGCUGGGUUCUUAAGGACUUGAAGGGCACAUUGGCCCAAGAGCUGGACUUUGAGAACGAGGCCAGGAAUUCCGAGAGAUGUGCGAAGGAGCUGGCACACUUCAAAUUUGUAGUUGUGCCCAAAGUCUUCUGGGAGCAAACUAGCAAGAGGGUGCUGACAGCAGAGUUUUGCAACGGUUGCAAAAUUAACAACGUGGAGGAUAUUAAGAGACAAGGGUUGAGUUUGAAAGAUACUGCAGAUAAACUGAUUCGAACGUUUGCUGAGCAAAUCUUCUACACUGGUUUCAUCCACGCUGACCCUCACCCUGGAAAUGUUCUAGUGAGACGAGGGCCCGAUAACAAGGCCGAGCUGGUGCUGUUGGACCACGGGCUGUAUGAAUACCUCAGUCAAAAUGAUCGAGUGGCCCUUUGUAAACUGUGGAGAUCUGUUGUCCUGCGAAAUGAGGCGGCAAUGGAGAAGUACGCUGAUGCACUUGGGGUCAAAGAGUACUUCCUCUUCUGUGAGAUGCUGCUGCAGCGACCCAUCAACAUGCGGGAGUUCGGACUGUCCAACAUCCUAAGUCGAGAGGAGACGACCUACAUGCGCGACAUGGCCGUGCACCGCUUCGGGAGCAUCAUGCAGGUGCUGAAGUCGAUGCCGCGGCCCAUGCUGCUGGUGUUCAGGAACAUCAACACAGUGCGAAGCAUCAACAUCACGCUGGGAGCGCCGGUGGACCGCUACUUUGUGAUGGCAAAGAGUGCGGUCCGAGGCUGGGGGAAGAUUCAGGCAGAGAAAGCAGGGAUCCUGCCCCAGCUCUGGGUGUUCCGCUGGGUCAGGACAACGUGGGAGAGCCUCAGGUUUGAGGUGGCAUUGAGGUCAGAGAUGGCAAUGAUGAGUCUGACGCGCUCCUUCCUCAGCCUGCUGUCAUACUUUGGUCUUCUAUCUCUGGAGGCCGACGUGUACGAAUACCUGAGGUAGUGCACGGCCACGCCACGACGACAGAGGACAAGCUCAACCUAAUGCAAUCCAACAAGGAGCCUUCUGUGACGGUGCUGCUCGAGUGUUCCUCUCACCAAAUCACAUUUGGAGCCGAUGUCUUCAAAACCGACAGGAACAGAUUGAACUUCAGUUUGACGGUGAAGCGUCUAACCUCUCUCCGGUUUCACAUUUUAAAAGCUUAUUUUACUGAUUUUUAAUGAAACUUUUAAUAUUCAGCUUGUUUUUAGUGUUAUCAUACUUACAUUAAAUUAAAAUUUCAAAUGUCUAAGGACAUUUCAUGUUGUUUUUUAGCAGCAGCAUCAUUCUGGCUAUGCAACACAUCAAACGGUAUUCCUUCAGUAAUUAAGGUUAAAUAUUUAAUCUCGAUGAUUUCCCUGAAAUGUUUAACUCUACUAUACUGUGCAGGUUUCAGAUUUCAGAAAGCAGCUUAAGUGAGUGUGUCUCAUCAUCGAUGGGUGUGGUCCGAACCCGUGAGUACUGUUGUAACUAGAAGUAAACUCAGAGAGCACGUACCUCCGCCAAGACAAUCGCCCUGUUUCGCCAUGUUAAAGACAGGGUUGGUAAUCCUCAGGAGGUGUAUCCUGGAUCCACUCUAUUCGAUUCCUGAAGUCAAACACUUUAAAAAGAGUUAAUAGAAAUGUCUCCUUGGCGAAGGGAAUAAUGUAAUGAAGACUGAGUGCUCAUUGGUCAUUGUGACCUUACCAAAUGAUCUCUGGUUUAAUCUUAAAUAAAAUCAUCUACCUCC